UCAUCAAGGCACCGCGCGGCGACGCGGGGACUCGGGAAAUGGAGGAGGAGAGAGGCGACGCCGUGGCGAAGGCGGAGAGGCAGACAGAGACAUCGAUAGUCUGACGCGAGUGUCGUUGGCGGGGCGGCCGCAGGGGCGCGCUGCCAUCGCCGCUGUGUGUGUGUUGGUGUGUGUGUGUGACUGGGUAGUUGUGACGGCGUCCGUCCGCGGCGCGAGUGUCGCCGCCCGAGCCGGCAAACCAACCUAACCUCGUUGCUGCGUGUAAAUAUUGGGACCAUUACUCGAUGCCGCGUCCCGUCGUACGGAUCGCUCCUCUCUCUCGCGCUCUCUCUCGAAGCCGGUCGCCCGGUCUGCGCCAAGGGCUGUCUCCGUGAGGACGUCGUCGCGGACCUUCGUCGAGGCCGUCGCCAAGCACCGCCACCGCUGAGGGCCGGUGUUCAAGAGCCGCCGUUCAACACGUCGCCGACCCGGGUCGGAACCAGAUCGCCACCCCGGCCAGCACCCUGACCGGAUCCCUCCGGAUACGACCAGCCACAUGGGGGAUAGGAAGCUUUCGUCCAGCUUGAGGAUGUUCCGCUCGAUGAGCUUGGCUUCGCGCGGCGGCCACGAGCGCCUCAGAGAGAUGACUCCGGGCGGUAGCACGGACAAGUUGGAGCUGGGCGGCGGGGGGCAGGUGCCCCCCUCGCCGUCGCCCUCGCCGGGCUCCUCGCCCGAGGGCACGCCCCCGCCCGUCGUCAAGCCGCAGCGGAAGUACUCCACCAAGACGCCCGCCGUCUACAUCGGCAGCACGGACUUCAUAUUGGAGGAGGAGCACACGCCCGGGCCGCGCGAGGUGGUGCGCGAGGCGGUGCCGUGGCUCAAGCAGCGCGUGCGGCGCGCGUGCACGCGCAAGAUGCUGUUCCGGCGCCUGCCCAUCCUGGAGUGGCUGCCGCGCUACACGCGCAGCGACUUCCUCGGCGACCUGGUGGCGGGCAUCACGGUGGGCCUCACCGUCAUCCCCCAGUCGCUGGCCUACUCCAACGUGGCCGGGCUGCCCGCGCAGUACGGCCUGUACGGCUCGUUCCUGGGCUGCCUCGUGUACAUCUUCCUCGGCAGCUGCAAGGACGUGCCCAUGGGCCCCACGGCCAUCACCGCCCUGCUGGUGUACCAGAGCCUGCACGGCCACAGCCCCCAGUUCGGCGUGCUGCUCUGCUUCCUCACCGGCAUCGUGCAACUCCUCAUGGGCGUCUUCGGACUCGGCUUCAUCAUAGACUUCGUGUCGGGCCCCGUGUCGUCGGGCUUCACCUCGGCCGUGGCCAUCAUCAUCGUGUCCACGCAGGUCAAGGACAUCCUCGGCAUCACCGCCAAGGGCUCCACCUUCAUCUCCAUCUGGACCAGCGUGUUCGACGACAUCCACAACACGCGCCUGUGGGACCCCAUCCUGGGCGUGACGUGCAUCGUCGUGCUGCUGCUCAUGAGGAUGGUGGCGAGCGUGGAGCUGGGCCCCAGCGACUCGGAGAAGCAGUCCCGGUGGCAGCGCUUCGUCAACAGCGCGCUGUGGCUCAUCGGCACCUCGCGCAACGCCAUCCUGGUGGUGGUGACGGGCGUGCUGGGCUACCACUUCACGCGCGACGGCGGCGAGGCCCCCUUCCGCGUCAUCGGCUACAUCCCGCCCGGCCUGCCGUCCUUCCAGCCGCCGCCCUUCUCGGCCGUCGAGGGCAACUCCACCUACUCCUUCGUGGAGAUGGUGUCCACGCUCGGCUCCGGCGUCAUCGUGCUGCCCCUCGUCGCCCUGCUGGAGAACAUCGCCAUCUGCAAGGCCUUCGCCAACGGCAAGGCCGUGGACGCGACGCAGGAGAUGCUGGCCAUCGGCAUGUGCAACAUCGCCUGCUCCAUGGUGCAGGCCUUCCCCGGUAGCGGCUCCCUGUCGCGCUCCGCCGUCAACAACUCGUCCGGGGUGCGCACGCCGCUCGGCGGCCUGUACACCGGGCUGCUCGUCAUCACGGCGCUGCUCUUCUUCACGCCCUACUUCGCCUACAUCCCCAAGACCGCCCUGGCCGCCGUCAUCAUCGCCGCCGUCGUGUUCAUGGUGGAGGUGCGCGUCGUGGCGCCCAUCUGGCGGUCCAAGAAGAGCGACUUGAUCCCCGGCGUGGUCACGUUCCUGGCCUGCCUCAUCCUCGCCCUGGAGGUGGGCAUCGUCAUCGGCAUCGGCACCAACCUCGUCUUCAUCCUGUACCACGCGGCCAGGCCCAAGAUCUCCAUGCAAAUCCUCAAGAGCCAGGGCGGCGUCGACUACAUGCUGCUGACGCCGGACCGCUGCCUCAUCUUCCCGUCGGUGGACUACGUGCGCAACAUCGUCACCAAGUACUCCAUCAAGCAGACCAACCCCGUGGUGAUCGACUGCUCGCACAUCUACGGCGCCGACUUCACCGCCGCCAAGGUCAUCGAGUCCCUGACGCAGGACUUCUCGCGGCGCGGCCAGACGCUCUUCUUCUACAACCUGAAGCCCUCCGUGGUGGCCGUGUUCGAGGGGCUGCAGCCGCAGGACUUCCACGUCUACUACAACGAGGCCGAGCUCGACGACCUGCUCAAGAAAUACCAGAAGCCCUCUCCCCCGCCCAGCUCCAUCAGCAUUCAGCUAUGACAAUUAGGGCAGGCGCUGGCACUACAGCGGCUGUAAGGCGAACGCGGCGACCAAAGUGGGAGUAACGCUCCGGCAUCGCAUGGUGCUCGCGGUGCUGGAGCCCCCCUCGACUUAAGACUGCAGCAAGACGCAGUUUGCGCGCAACACGGCCCCGCCGCGCCGCGCCGCUCAGACUGCCAAGUUGUUAUUUAUUAUUUUCUUAUUAUUACUCAGCGAGUGUGUCUACGGAUCUUCUUCGACUGUGAUUGUCGAGGGCGAGGAACGAUAAUGUCGUCUGUGAUGUGGGUGUGGCUUGCUCAAAAGGAAAGGAAGGCUGGUGCUAUUUUAUUUUUUUAUCAGAAGAACUUCUACGACUUUUGGAAUUUUUGUGUGAACGGGUUCCCUCUUACGUUGGACUGUGGGGUUCACUUUGCAUUUGCACCAAUGUGAGUGGGGAAUUAAUUGAGUGGCUUUUGAGUACGCUUCUGUUUAAGAAGAGUGGAGGUUGAGAAAGCUUCGUUAUGUGAUAUGAGAAUGUGUGAGCCCUCUUGUGAGGGGCACACUAUAGAUAUCAGUAUUAAUUUGUGUCCUACAAAUUUCACUCCAAAGCAUGUUUCAUGCCAAUCGCAUGGUUUAAUCUUGGUAUUAUUUUAUGAUGCGAAUACUCUGUGAUUUUAGUUUAUGCCUUGCUAGAGGUCAGGAUAGAACAAAAUGUUGACAGCUUUUGUAUCGAUAUUAUUCCAGCACCUGCCGUAAAGCAGAACAAUGUGAAGGGAAAAUAAAGACCUCGAUAUGAAUUUAUUCCGACUUAGUGUAGACCCAUUCAUGUUUUUUUGUUUGUUUCAUGAUGUCAUUUCUUAGAUUAGUUAUUAGAUCAAAGACAAAGAAUUUACUAAUAUUUGUCAAGUGGAAACAAAAUGUUACUUCUUUAAAAUAGGCAAUAACAUCAUUUUUGUGUGAUCUGCUGGAUCCUUUCCCAAUAUUUGUUUUGUAGCUAUGUCAUAUGUACCUACUAGUUCUAAACCAUUUAAAUAUUUAAUGUAGUGGUUGUAGUUUGCGUAUUUGCUUUGUUUUAGCUGUGACAGUAAACAGAUCUGUUUUUAAAAAAAUGUCUUAAAAGAAAAUAGUCUUGAUGUGUAUUUGAAAAUACUCUGUCUUCAGAUUUUUGUGGGAGCUCAAAUUCACUAUUUAUCAGCCACUCCCCUAGACAACUCCCUUAAUCUGUCUUGCCAGGAUAAGACUGAGAAAUUGUGACUUUGUCUGUUAUUACCAGGUCAAGUGUAUCAAUUUAUUUUAGCUGUGCUUACAAUUUUAGUCAAUCAAUUAUUAGCAAUCAAUUUUAAAAAGAAUGUUUACUUUUACAUAGACAGAUGAAAAACACUGUCACUGUUGCAUCAUCAGAAUUAAUUAAAACUGAUUCAAACCACAA